ACGGAACCCGGGGCCCAUUUACUCGUAGGAGUCGGUCCGAGUCAGAUCCCCGUCCGACACAGUCGCUCGCUCGCCCCGCCCGCCCGCGCGCGCCCCCGCCCCGUGCCCGCCAGUCGAGUCGGUUGAGUUCCGAGAGGCAGACGGUCCCUAUCGCCACGUAUUAGCCAUGGCCGACCAGCUGACAGAAGAACAGAUCGCUGAGUUCAAGGAGGCUUUCUCACUCUUCGACAAGGAUGGCGAUGGCACCAUCACCACCAAGGAACUUGGCACAGUCAUGAGAUCCUUAGGGCAGAACCCCACAGAAGCUGAACUGCAAGACAUGAUCAAUGAAGUGGAUGCUGAUGGAAACGGCACUAUUGACUUCCCUGAGUUCCUGACCAUGAUGGCGAGGAAGAUGAAGGACACCGACAGCGAGGAGGAGAUCAGAGAGGCGUUCCGAGUGUUCGACAAGGACGGCAAUGGCUUCAUCAGUGCUGCUGAGCUGAGGCAUGUCAUGACCAACCUGGGCGAGAAGCUGACAGACGAGGAGGUCGACGAGAUGAUCCGUGAAGCGGACAUUGAUGGCGAUGGCCAGGUUAACUAUGAAGAAUUCGUCACCAUGAUGACGUCAAAGUGAAGCGAGUAAUGUGAUAACUCUGGAGUGAAGAACUAUUGUUUACCAAGAAGGAUGAACGAACCUGCCUGCAUUUCUGCUUAUCCAUUCUGACUCUACUUGAAUUGGAAAUGAAAGUAGCUAAAAUUGGAAUGGAAUUUUCAUUUCGUGUAUUGUGAUUGUAUGAUCGGUGAAUUUUUAAGGGGCGCAAGAUAUUUGUGUAAGUUAAUCCUUUUUGUAAAAUAUUUCCAGGCAUGCGAUUUAAAUGUGAUUUUAUUGGCCAUCUUAUGUGAAAUUGUCAGUUAAAGUAUUCUAAAAUUUAGGAAAAUACUAGUUACUGUUUUUAAACAAUUACUUCCAAGUUCCGAUUUACUUCACUUUUUUUCUUUUUUUUUUUGUUCUGUUUGGUUGAGGCCACUCUUAUAAGGCUCGUCUUUCCAAUCUGGGUUUUAGUUGUUUUUAAUUAGCUUUGUGGGGAUCAGGUAGGGACGCCGCCUGUCACAUUCCUUCUCCAUUAGGAACAUUUUGAAUGGGAGUUAAACUGCUCCUGCAUGUGCAAAAACUGCAGUGUGUUGCAGCUGUUUGCGCAGUGCAGGUGUCUCAGUCACAUUAUGUAUCACUUCCUCCCUCCACCAACAGUUAAAAAGUUUAAAGAUUGUAUUUGGUGAAAUAGUUUGCAUUGAAUAUAAAUACAAACCCUACAUGUGUCUCUUCAUUUGUGUCUUGUGAUUUGAUGUUACCUUUCCACUUCUUAAUGAGGAAGUUUUCUAUCAACUUAUUAAAAUUAGCUAGUAUUAUGUUUGUACUUGAUCAUGUUGCUAGUUAAGGUAGACUAUUAGAUUCAAACUUCAUGUGACACGAAUGAAUUAAGUAAUUAAAAUUAAUAGGUGGAUGAUGAGCCCAGGGGACAGACCCUUCAGAGGGCCGCCAUGGCUUGUCCUGGCGGGGACUUUUAUUAGGAUUGAUACAUCUUAACAUUUGGUUUGAACUAAUGGUGUUACUGUAGUACCUACUUUACUGCCAGUAUUGAGUUCAAAAUCAUUUUAAUUUCACAUUUUAGUUGGAACAGUUUCCUGGAGAACCCGUCUGUCAGUCCCCUUUUUUUAGAUUAUUGUAAUAAACUCCAUUUUGUUUGUCUUGUUACUUGCUUUGUUAAAUUAAUUGCACCAAACAUUCCUUGUCCAACCUGUCUCCAAAGGGCAUCUCCAUAGUCCGUAUCCAAUAAUGCAUGUAAUGUAUCAACACUGUAUGAAAUACAUGUUGCUCUUUUAAAUACUUCUUUAAAUCUUUAAACCUUGGAUUUAAUUCCUGAUGUAGCUAUGGUAUAGUUUCAGUGUUUUCUCUAUAUAAUCAAACACUUUAACAUAUCCUGUUUGUGGUGGGGAUAUCCUUUGGAGAGCAGUGUAGAGUGCACACGUCUAACACAAGUUCUCCUUGCACUUUAAACAAUAUGAAUUCGCGUUUAGAUCUGUUUGUUGCUAAACACAAACUGGUGUACAGCAAUUGGAAAUAAAGAUUCCAUUUCCUCCACA